CUGCUGGACAAGAGAUCAAGAUGAGGAAGUUUGUGGAGCUGUUGCUCCUCAUGUUGGUACUAACACACACAGCCAGGGGCCAGAGCAGGAGGAGGAAGGGCCAGAGAGACGACAACCAGGUCCUCCAAAAUGAAGGAAAAAGUAAGUGGGUUUCAUUCAUUAAUUCAUUCAUCGAUUCGUUCAUUCUUUCAUUUAUUCAUUCAUUCAUGCAUUCAUCCAUUCAUGUAUUCAUGCAUGUAUUCAUUCAUUCAUUCACUCACCUUUAAUCCUCUCCACCCUCUCUCUUUCCAUCCCUCUCUCUCUCUUCCCCCUCCCCAAUAGUUCUGAUCUGCCCGGUGGAGAUCAUGUUCAUCCUGGACAGCUCAGAGAAGGCCAAGGUGCUGCUGUUUGAGAAGCAGAAAGACUUUGUCCUGCGUUUCAGCACGCGGCUCAUGCAGAUCCAGGCAGCAGGCUGGAGACUGAGGUUGAGGCUGGCCGCGCUGCAGUACAGCAGGUUGGUACUGUAGAGGUUAGAGGGAUGAGGCUGACUGUGCUGCAGUACAGCAGGUUGGUACUGUAGAGGUUAGAGGGAUGAGGCUGACUGUGCUGCAGUACAGCAGGUUGGUACUGUAGAGGUUAGAGGGAUGAGGCUGACUGUGCUGCAGUACAGCAGGUUGGUACUGUAGAGGUUAGAGGGAUGAGGCUGACUGUGCUGCAGUACAGCAGGUUGGUACUGUAGAGGUUAGAGGGAUGAGGCUGACUGUGCUGCAGUACAGCAGGUUGGUACUGUAGAGGUUAGAGGGAUGAGGCUGACUGUGCUGCAGUACAGCAGGUUGGUACUGUAGAGGUUAGAGGGAUGAGGCUGACUGUGCUGCAGUACAGCAGGUUGGUACGGUAGAGGUUAGAGGGAUGAGGCUGACUGUGCUGCAGUACAGCAGGUUGGUACUGUAGAGGUUAGAGGGAUGAGGCUGACUGUGCUGCAGUACAGCAGGUUGGUACUGUAGAGGUUAGAGGGAUGAGGCUGACUGUGCUGCAGUACAGCAGGUUGGUACUGUAGAGGUUAGAGGGAUGAGGCUGACUGUGCUGCAGUACAGCAGGUUGGUACUGUAGAGGUUAGAGGGAUGAGGCUGACUGUGCUGCAGUACAGCAGGUUGCUACUGUAGAGGUUAGAGGGAUGAGGCUGACUGUGCUGCAGUACAGCAGGUUGGUACGGUAGAGGUUAGAGGGAUGAGGCUGACUGUGCUGCAGUACAGCAGGUUGGUACUGUAGAGGUUAGAGGGAUGAGCUAACAACCAGAGAGUCUCCGGUUCUAUCCCAUGGCAGCCGGGACAAAAAUCUGGGCGGGAGUGGGCUGGCAACUAGUGGGUUGCUAGUAUUAGUAUCCCACUGUAGAUGUAAUCUUCUGCCCUUGUGCUCUCCAUCUAGCUGCUCUAGAUUUAACUGCUCUCCAUCUUCUUCUUCUUCUUCUUCUUCUUCUUCUUCUUCUUCUUCUUCUUCUUCUUCUUCUUCUUCUUCUUCUUCUUCUUCUUCUUCUUCUUCUUCUCCUAGCUCUGUUUCCCUGGAGCACAACUUCCGGGACUGGCAGGAUGUGGAUGUGUUCCAGAGCAGAGUGGCGUCCAUGGCCUACAUCGGACACGGAACCUACUCAGCCUACGCCAUCACUAACGCUACACAGGUCUGCAUAUCAUUAUCUGGUAGUGCUUUAUUUGGAUAGUCCCCUACAGAUGGUUGAUGGAUGUUAAACUAACCAUCAACUAACCGUUCAACUAACUAUCCACUAAACCUAACCCUAGUCCUAACCCCAAGCCAAUAGGGUUGCAUAUGAAAGUUUGUUGAUAGUUUGAUUAUCUAUAGAGGACUAUCCAAAGAAAGUAGAACCAAUUGAGAACAAAGUGCACCAUACAAAAAACAAGUAUGAGACUCAAUACCAAAGUACAAUCAAAUGAUUAUAACACCCAGAUGUUUAGCCGUGAGACAGCGGCCAACAGCCUGAGGGUGAUGUUGCUAAUGACCGACGGCGUGGACCAUCCCCGCAGCCCCAGUGCUGUGACCGCCGCGGCCGAGGCUAAGAACCACAACAUUCGUCUGUUCACCAUCGGGCUAUCGGGUCUACCCUGGGACGGGCCCACCAAUGCCAGGCUACGUUCCAUCGCCAGUGCCCCGCCACAGCAGCACGUCCUCAGCCUUACAGACAACCUGCUGGAGGAUAAACUCUUCAGAGAACUGGUGAGUGGUGAUGGGAGUGAGCUGUCCUCAAGGAUACCAACAUGUCUUGACAUUGCCAUACAAUUCUAGAUGUUUAUGUUUUCCUUCAGCCCCUAAAUCCCGAUUCAGUAGGGCUCAUGCUGUGAGUUACCUGACCAGGAUUAAAAUGGCUCAAUUUAAACAUAUACAUUACUGAGCACCUGAGUGUGAGCUAUCAAAAUAUAAAUCACCGUUUUUUUUUGCUAUUUCUUCUUUUUUUAGAACGCGCUUGUCAACACAGGGGUAAAUAUGUCCCUUUUUCUUUUCAUUUGGAAUGUAAAUAUGAUUAUCUCUGAGGUGUAUACUCAAAUGUUGCUUCUCUUGGUUUUAGUGCCCACAGCCAAAGUCCUGUCUGUGUGAUAAAGGAGAGAGAGGUCCCCCUGGAAGCCCAGUGAGUCCACUUCUGUCUCAUUGUCGAACUUGUUCUUGUUUUGGCUCAAAAGCAUCUUCUAGUAGCUAGUAAACACUAUACGCUAUAACUCUUCUUCAGUUUUAAUUUUGUUGUCUUUUGUCAAUUCAGUCAAUUCAGGAAGUACACUGACAUUUAAAUUCCAAUUUUCCUCAUUGAAAAGCACUGACUGGUUUGAUGAAUUGACCUCAUAUGUCGAGGUUGAUGUGUCCAAAUUGACAGUGGUUUACUCUGCAGUACAGAGGAGCAGUAAUCCUCAGACAGGCCUGUGUUAUUGCUGGCAAGUUCACCAGUUGGACAACCAUGGGCUGUAACCCCCCUACAUAUCCCUUUGUAUGCAACCAGGGGCUUUCCCAGUCAUAGCACCCAGUCCCUAACGCACCCUAACUGCUCAACGCCCCUCUAACACCCCUGCAUACCCCACUGUAUGCUCAUAGCAGGUGCAUCUGGCCUCUUUGUGAAUAGGAUGAGUUGUAUCUGGCCUCUGUGUAUACAAGAGGGGUCCUGGGCAUCACAUCAAAGAGUAGGAAGUGUUUCCCACACUGCAAGUGUAGCAGAGCUGUACUGUGCGAGGGGCGAAGGGUCAUGGCGUAAAAUAAAAGAAUAGCAUAGAGGGACUGUGUUUUGACUAGCAGGCCUUUUGAAGAGCGACUUUUGGCUGGAAGCAGAGGUCAAGGAUAGGAGAUUAGGUGUGGGCAAACACACAGGGAGGGGAUGGGCCCCUGACACUAUUGAGUUUACUGAGGCUAUACGGCACAGUGGCCCCUGACACUAUUGAGUUAACUGAGGCUAUACGGCACAGAGGCCCCUGACACUAUUGAGUUAACUGAGGCUAUACUGCACAGAGGCCCCUGACACUAUUGAGUUUACUGAGGCUAUACGGCACAGUGGCCCCUGACACUAUUGAGUUUACUGAGGCUAUACGGCACAGAGGCCCCUGACACUAUUGAGUUUACUGAGGCUAUACGGCACAGUGGCCCCUGACACUAUUGAGUUUACUGAGGCUAUACGGCACAGUGGCCCCUGACACUAUUGAGUUAACUGAGGCUAUACGGCACAGUGGCCCCUGACACUAUUGAGUUAACUGAGGCUAUACGGCACAGAGGCCCCUGACACUAUUGAGUUAACUGAGGCUAUACGGCACAGAGGCCCCUGACACUAUUGAGUUUACUGAGGCUAUACGGCACAGUGGCCCCUGACACUAUUGAGUUAACUGAGGCUAUACGGCACAGAGGCCCCUGACACUAUUGAGUUUACUGAGGCUAUACGGCACAGUGGCCCCUGACACUAUUGAGUUUACUGAGGCUAUACGGCACAGUGGCCCCUGACACUAUUGAGUUAACUGAGGCUAUACGGCACAGAGGCCCCUGACACUAUUGAGUUGACUGAGGCUAUACGGUAAAGAGGCCCCUGACACUAUUGAGUUUACUGAGGCUAUACGGCACAGAGGCCCCUGACACUAUUGAGUUGACUGAGGCUAUACGGCACAGAGGCCCCUGACACUAUUGAGUUAACUGAGGCUAUACGGCACAGAGGCCCCUGACACUAUUGAGUUAACUGAGGCUAUACGGCACAGAGGCCCCUGACACUAUUGAGUUAACUGAGGCUAUACGGCACAGAGGCCCCUGACACUAUUGAGUUAACUGAGGCUAUACGGCACAGAGGCCCCUGACACUAUUGAGUUGACUGAGGUUGUAUAGGCUACCACAGGGUUUGAGGCUGAUAAUACAUAGAGAGGUCACAGGAACAGCAUAGACAGGGACAUGCACCGAACGACCACGGUCACCUACGCACGAAUCUACACACACUACAGGGAUGUUAUGGGAACAACCAGGGAUGAAAAUUGGCCCCGAAAAAUCACAUUCUGUCCAAUAAUCUGUCCAUUCUGUCCUCUGAUGGAAUGAUCUCUCCAUUCCUGUGUAAUCUGCAGGGGAAAUCAGGCCAGCCUGGAUCUGACGGUACUCCCGGUCCUAAAGGAUUUAAUGUAAGUUCUUCGUUUUGCCCUGAGAUAAUCCCACCAAUGUUCGUUUGUUGUGACAGAAAGAAUGCUGUUUUCUUUAUAUACGUUGAUGUUCGUUGUAAUGUUUUUAUAUAUGUUGAUGGAUGUAUGGAUGUAUUCACUGUCUGGUCUCUGGUGUCACUGUAGGGGGAACCUGGUAUCAAUGGAAGGCCUGGGAUGGAGGGUAUCGAGGUACUGUAGCAUAGAUGACUAAGCCAAUCUAUACAGGUAUAUUGUUGACUUAUAACUGAUGUAUCGAUUUUUAUUGAGAUCUCUCCCAUUGUUUUAGGGUCAGCCCGGCACUAGAGGGGGAAAGGUGAGAUACCAGUACUACUUGCUGACCAUAAAUGAAUGACAGUACAAUACAGCAAAUCAUUAAUUACAGCAAAGAAAACUGACCCAUGAUGGAUUGGAUGCUGAAUCAUAGUGAAACAGCUCGUCAAGGUCCCAAUGCUACUCUGACAACAAACACUAGCUAACACAUGCUAGCUAGAUACCAUCAGUUUGAACCAGUGCCAUCGUCCUCUGGCACGCCACGGUUUAAAAGGCUCAGUGCAGUCAAAAUUCUGUCUUCUCUGCUUUUUCUGUUUUCCAGGGGGAAAGAGGCGAGUGCGGCACCCCCGGGAUGAAGGGAGAUCAUGUAGGCACGCCUCUGCUCUGUUCAUUGUAAAUGGCUAUCCCCCACGCUAACUGCUACUCAGUGCAUUCAGAUGCCUUGCUGACUUUGGAUGAAUUACAUUGUGAUGUGAAGAGAUAAAAAACAAAAAAAUGUAUGCACUCACUAACUGUAAGUCGCUCUGGAUAAGAGCGUCUGCUAAAUGACUAAAAUGUAAAUGUAAAGAGAUAGCUAUACGCUAGACUCAACAGCUUGUAAGCUUGUAACUCUGAGUUAGAGUUGCACAUGUCCUUUUUAAAGUUCUUGUGACUUUUGGCUGCACCCUCAAUGGGUUGUUUUGUCCCUCUUCCCCUCCUGACUGUGACCUGUUCCCACAGGGGCCAAACGGACCUCCAGGCCCUCAGGGACCCAGAGGAGAGCAGGUGACUCAAUAAUAUAAUAUAACUUUAUUGUCCAUAUGUUACAGCGAACAAUAUGGUCAAUAUGGUGGUGGCAUGGUCAUUUUGGAGACAUGCAGAUCAAUGUUUUUUCCCAGAGGCCUCAGACAAUGUUUGCUUGGUUAUUGUCAUGUCGAUACAGACUUGGGGCCCUACAAAAUAGAUCAAAAUAGAUAGCCAAGUCCCAGGGAUAAGUCAAAGUCAUUAUUUCUGUGCUGCAGGAGUGACUGUUUUGUGCUUGUGAAACAAAAAGAAAACUCAACUUCGUAUCGAUUCUUUCUAACACACUUUAUCACUGUACAGGGAAAAUGUUAUAUUUGACUUACCCUGGAAACAAGAGGAGGCUGGUCGGAUGAGCUAUAGGAAGACGGCUAAUUGUAAUGCAUGGAAUGGAAUCAAUGGAACAGAGUCAAAUAUGUGUGAUGUGUUUGACUCCGUUCCAUUUAUUCCAUUCCAGCCAUUACACUGAGCCUGUCCUCCGAUAGCUCUUCCCACCGGCCUCUGCUGGAAACAGGAAAACAACUAGGUUUAAUUGAAUAAGGCCCUGAGUAUCUUUAGAAUCCAGUAUAUGUACUUACAUGUGUUCUAAAUUAUAAUGUCUUCGAUUUACAUACUGAGGAGAAAUCCCCAUGGCCAUAACAAUUUUGAAAAAUCCCACUCCUCACACAACACUUUGCCCAUUCAUACCUGUGUGUGAAUGAGUGAGUGGUCAAAUUGAACGAUUCCUGUGACUACACCCCCACAUCCGACCCUCCACUGGAACCAUCAGUAUCUCAUGGAGAUGCACACUGAGUAUGAAGCUUUUCUCCCAGUCUGCACUUAUGGAAUGUGAGUCCUGGAUUAGUCCUUAUCCCGUCCUAAUGGAGCCUAUCUAAAGAAGGGAAUCCAAGCCUGCAGUUUAUUGUCUUUAUCGCCCACCAGACUAUUGUCCUGCAGCAUUAGUGUUUCUGCACAUGUUAUCCACCCCCCCUUAAUUCCUCCUUAAACGCUUUUCACGCCCCUCCUGCAUUAGCAUGACAACAGCAGUCCAUCGUCUGAAUACGGUGGUGGUUUUUAGAUUUUAGUUUUAGGCCUGGUCCAUACCAUGUUCCCAUGGGGACUGGGGAGUACCUAUGCGAAUAAUUGUAGAAAUAUGGAGGAUGAUCAAACAUAAUUUGAUUGACCACACCCUGACCCUCCAAAAUAUACAUGACCUGUUUGCCAUACCAUAACAUUGACCAGAGAAUUUGAAACUAAACAUUGCUGCUCACACGCAUUUUUGUAAAAAAAAUUUACAAAGUAAGCUUAGCGGGAUAUAGAGGGAAUUUUAAAGAAUUUAGAACAUUCAGUUGAUUUAUUGAUUUAUUGGUUUUCUUAUUUGGGAUUAUACAGUAUUUGUGUAUGUGUGUGUGUGGUGGGGAGGGGUUCUAACAAGGAAAACUCAAGGCCCUGUGAAUUUAGCCUACUGCAGAUUAUUUAAAUUCAGGCAUUGACCGAAGUGUUUGUCUUGUCUCUGUUGCAGGGUCUUAUUGGAGGUCCUGGGGACCAGGGCUCUGAAGGACCUGUAGGACCCAAAGUAAGGAUGACGCUAAACUUCCUAUACCUCCAGAAAUGUUCUAGAUAAAGAUAAACAGCUAAAAUGUACUGAGGAAGUUGGGGAAAGGUGAAAAUGAUGCCCCUCUCUUUCCCAGGGUGACCGUGGACCUGGUGGAGUGAUGGGACCUCCAGGGGAUACUGGCAUCGGCUUUCCUGGACCUAAGGUUAGUUUAGAUCUGUUGUUAGGGGUGACUUCUACCUCUUUUCUGUCAUACGAUCUCUCUAGUGAUCCCUCUAGUAAUCCCUCUAGUGAUCUCUCGGAUUCUAAUCCUAGUUUCUCCUGUAUCCUAGGGCAAUAAGGGAAAUCAGGGAAGGCCUGGACCCAAUGGUCCCAUGGGUAUGGGUGAACCAGGACUGCCAGUAAGUUCACAAUGUUUGUUAGGUGUUAUGGCUAGAUAUCUUUCUUAUGUCAAUGCUUGCUUGACAUAGCCCUCUUGUAGAAUUACCCUGCAGUGUGUCAGGCUAUCCACUAGGUGGAGACAUAUUGUAAAUAAUUGAGCUUUGCUCUAUGCUGAGGAAUAUAUGCAAUUUUUAUCCUCUGUAUUAUGUCUACUAGGGUCCGAUUGGUUCUCCAGGGGUUCAGGGAACACAAGGGUCCCCAGGAGAGGGUCUACCAGGGCCUAAGGUGAGACACCAUCACUAGCUGUUCAACCCACUGAAUAGUCUAGCUUGAAUAUGUACUGUAUGUGAGAUAUGACAUGUAGGAAUCACAUAUCUUUCUUAUUUAUACAGUAAAGUGUGUACCUAGCUAAUGGCUCAGUGUCCUUUAUGUGUUUCAGGGUGACAGGGGUUACGAGGGUCCUAAGGGCAUCCGCGGCACCCAGGGUUCAGGGUUCAAAGGUGACAAGGUAUGUUAGCCCUAACCCUGACCUUAAACUUAACCCUAAACCAUCUCAAGAUGGAAGGUAUUGAACAGACAUCAUGAAUUGCUGUGUGUCUAUGUUGAUGAUGGUCAUGAAAACAUUGUGUACAGUAAGGCAGGGGUUCUCAAAGUGGGGAACUGCAGAGGGUCCGCGGCCAAAUUCUUUUGUCUGCCUCAAGGCAACAUUUGUAGAAUAGCAGGAAAUGUGCUUUAAAACUUCAAAAUUGUCUCUCUGAUGUCAAGAGGGGGGCCUUUUAAAUGUUAAUUCCCAGGGGCCGAGACUUGAUAUGUCCGGCCAUGCACUGCGGAAGUCAUAGUAAAACUGCUUGUAUGCUAUUUUUAUCACACUCUAAAGUAGGAGUUGUGUUCUGAUAUUAUGACAGUCCCUUAUGAAGUUGCUAUCAUAAAAGGGGUACCGACGCAAAAAAAAAAGUUUGGGAACCCCUGCACUAAGGGAUUACCGCUUAUCCCCUGAUCCCUCUAACCUCUGACCUCCAGGGAAACACAGGAGCCCCAGGUUUGCCAGGAUUGGUGGGUUUUCCAGGUGCAGGGAUCCAAGGAGAAAAGGCAGGCCUAUCAAAUUAUUCCAUUAUUUGUUCUACUGUUUCCACUCUGUUACACUAUUUCAAUUUGUAUCCCACUGACAUUCUGUUUGUUGGAUCACUCACGUAUAACUGAACUGACUCUUCUCUGCCCCUCUCUCUCUUUGCAGGGAGACAAUGGUCCAUCUGGGUCUUCCGGCCCUCGGGGGCCACCAGGGUUGGGAAUAGUUGGUCCA